CAGCACAGAGCCCCCAUGUGGGGCUCGAACUCGCAGACCGCAGAUCAUGGCCUGAGCUGAAGUUGUGUGGUUAACCGACUGAGGACACCCAGGCGCCCCCCAUUCUAACUUCUUAUAUCCAGUAGCUGGCAAAGUUUCAGCAAUUCCUUCUGGUUCCAUCGGAAGGAAAACCCAUUUCUGAAAGAAACGUUGGGGUCCUCCAGCUACCGCAGAUUCCUUCCUUCCUUGCAGGGAUAUUUACUGAGGACCUAUCAAUUGUUGGCAUCGAGAUGUAAUCGAUCCAACCUUUAUUCUCGUGUUGCUUACAGUAUUUCCGGGAACUCGUGACUUUCCCACAUACAAACAACUUUGAAAAAGCAAGUGAGAAAAGUCAUAGCUGGAGCUGUCAGAUAAACCUACCUUUUCCAUGAAGUAAAGCUCAUUGCCCAGUCUUUCCUGGUCCACAGAAUGUCCUGAUUGCCUGGAAGCUGGAAGCUCCUCGAGGGUACUUUGCAUCCUCAGUUCCUGACAUAGAACCUAAUGUUCAGCAGUUGUUAAAUAAACACCAAACAGACGCAUGACUGAAUGAAUAGCACCACAGAUUCACCUUUUUGGAGUUUUGCUGGCCAUUUUAGGAAACUUGGUCAUCAGUAUUUCCCUAAAUAUUCAGAAAUAUUCUCAUGUCCAGUUGGCACACCAGGAACACCCAAGGCCAUACUUCAAGAGUAUGUUGUGGUGGGCUGGGGCCGUGCUCAUGGCCGUUGGGGAGAUGGGCAACUUUGCAGCCUAUGGAUUUGCCCCCAUUACUCUCAUCGCUCCGUUAGGCUGUGUGUCUGUUACAGUUCUGCAACAGGGAAUGAUAAUUUUGGGUCACUCAGUACCUCCAUACAGUUAGAGUUGAUUGAGCCUGGGAGCACGCUCAAUGUGUCCACAUGUUUGAAGCUUGAUGGUAGUGCCAUUAUUUCUGUUAUGUUUCUGAAAGAAAAUUUAAGAGCUUCAGAUUUACUAGGUAUGACACUGGGAUUUGCAGGAACCUAUUUAUUGGUGAACUUUGCUCCAAAUAGAACUCAGUCUAUCUCUGCAAGAACAGUACAGUAUUACUUUGUUGGCUGGCAGUUCCUGAUCUAUGUGAUUUUCGAAAUAUUAAUUUUCUGCACCCUCCUCUAUUUCCAUAAAAGAAAAGCAAUGAAGCACAUGGUGAUCCUGCUAAGCCUGGUGGCACUUCUAGCCUCGUUGACUGUCAUUUCAGUAAAAGCAGUCUCAGGCAUGAUCACUUUUUCUGUGACGGAUAAAAUGCAACUAACUUAUCCCAUCUUCUAUAUCAUGUUUAUCAUCAUGAUAGCGUCUUGUGUUUUCCAAGUCAAGUUCCUGAAUCAUGCCACGAAGCUCUACAACACAGCGAUGGUGGUGCCCAUUAACCAUGUUUUCUUCACAACCAGCGCCAUUAUCGCAGGGAAACAAACACUGGACAAAAUACAACCAGAUUCAAAUGGCUUAUCCUAUGGAACUUUGCCUGAUGGAAGUGACUCAACGAAGAGCCAAAGUGGAGAGAAGAAAGAGGUCUAAAAUGCCGAGAGGGAUGGCUUCUGGCCUGUUAUUCGAUAUCACCUUUGAAAAAAAACUGCACAUGUUCCAUUUGUGUCCACAGCUUUUCUGUGCUGACAUGUGCUAGCUAGCAUUACCCGUCCUUCACCGUGUCUCCAUUUGUGCGGACAGCGGGGCCUUCCUAAGCCUUGACAGUCUCAUGUCUUCAUGGAAUGUAAUUUGAAGUGUUCCCCACACCCUGGACUUGCCCCUAGUGAACUUCUAACUGGCUAGAUCUUAAUUAGGGCCUGGCUACUCAAGCAGGACUGUCACACAAAAAUGUGCGUUCACGAUUUGGCUACAGAGCACAUAGGCUCUUCCCACUCGACUUAGAGCGUCAGCUGCUUUGCUUUAAAGAGACAUGUUAAUCCCACAACCUCAUUCUGGUACCAAAGGUUUGAGAACAUUCAUUUCUCCUACGACAUCUUUUAUGAGCCUCCCCCAUAAAGAUCUCACCUUUCUAUUCCUAAGUUAGAAUGGUGAAUCAUCUUUCCUGAAAAUGAGCCCUAUUAUAACCAUCCUUUUAUCUUUAAAAUUAGAGUUUGUUGGGG